CUGGCAGCCUGGUCACUAAGGAUGAGAAGUGGCUGCCACAUAGUAGGUACACAGCACUUGGCAGAUUUCUAAGCAGAAGGGAGAGAGAGCAUGUCACAGUAGAGUGAGCUUGUAUUGUAGAGGACCAGGACCUGGGUCAAGUCUCAGCUCACCUCCUGGCCACCCUGCAGCUCAGGCAAGAUAUUGGGAUCUCAGGUGGCAGCAAUGCUGCAUUUUUAAUCCAUAAAACUGAAAUCAUAACAUUUGCCCUUUCUUUCUCUAAAGGUUUUUGUGAUGUCUUCUCAUCCACAAGCCGGCUUUCCACCUGCAGUGAGAAUGGUGGGGUCUGUGGCAUGAAGACCAGGGUCUGGGCUCCAUUCCUGCCGGCCUGUGGGUCCCCUGCCUUGCAGGCCGAGCCACCUGGCUCAGUAGUUCACAGCCCUGGGCUGCACACUGGCAUCACCUGGAGAGCUCUGAAAACUAUCCAUGCCUUAGGCUCAUCCCCUCUACUGAGGUGCUGAUGUGGUUUUUCUGGGGUGCGGCUUGGGUACCUGGAGUUUUCACAGCUCCCCAGGUGGUUCUAAUGUGCAGCCAGUGUUGAAAACCACUGUCUUACGGGAAAGCAGAUCUGAAGAAAUACACGUGGCAGCCCAUAUUUAAUUAGCUCCGACUCUAUCACUGUGUAUUGAGUGCUUGCUUUUAAGGUGAAUUCAUUACUCUGUGUUAACAGCAACCACUCAGAUUCUUAUUGGACUAGAUUGAGUUGGACGUAUGUAUUUUCAGCUCAGUAGAACCACACUCUCCUCCUUUGCCAAAUGACUUGUCCCAGAUGAUCAUAGUUGUGUCAUGACUUGUCUGGCCACUGGCCAUGUCCUUACCUCAACUCUGUAUUUUUUACCCAGUGCAGAUGAAGGUCAUUCUUUUGUCUCUGGAUAAGGAGGGAGGGGGCAUUGGCAUUUUGGCAUUUACUGAGAGCUUACCUAGAGGUUCUCAAACUUUAGAUGCAUCAACAUCACCCAGAGGGCUUGUUAAAACUCAGGGUUAUGGGUGCCAUCCCCAGGGUUUUUGAUUCAGUGGAUUUGAGGAAAGGCUGAGAAUUUGCAUUUCUGACAAGUGUUUAGAUGAUACUGACCCUAUGGUCCUGGGACCACACUUUGAGAACCCCUGUCCAGGCAACCUAGAUCCUUUUACUAUUUACCCUUAAUUUCCAAAAAAAUACCUGGGUGGGCACAACUGCUCCCAUUUCAGGGAGCUCAUAUAGCUGAGUAGCUUGUUUUGUUUCAUACUCUUCUGCUAAAUGUUAUGGGUAAUAGCUUGUUAUGGGUAAUAGCUUUUAAGUGGCAAAGUCAGGAUUUGAACUCAGGACCACCUAUACUAAAAAAUCUUCCUCUUUCUACAUACUACUGUGCUUUCUGCCAUUAUUGGGUUCCUACCAUAUUCCCAGCCACAUUUCAGGCACUUUUGAGUGACAAGAAAUCUCUCCUUAACUUAAUUAAAGCCUUUUUUGUGGUCUCCAUCAAGGAAGGUGGUCUCCAUCAAGACUCAGAGAUGCUCAAGUUAUGCGCAGUGAUAGCAAUGGGAGCUAGCCAGUGACCAAGGGCCAAUCAGGGUGGAGAAGGCUGUGGGCUGCUGAGAUCAGGAAAGGCUUCUCAGGCGCUGUUGGCCUUAGAGGACAUGAUUAGAGCACGGAAACAGGCAUCCUAGCCUCUACUUCAGCCUCAAUUGUGGUUUUUGUCAUAGGGUGAGCCUAAGAGGAAGUGGGGUUUCCAAUUCUUUGGUAGGCCCAGUUCCUGGACCUGGACUUUGUCCCAAAUUCUGCCUCCUACCUACUGAGAUGGACAUGCCUACUGGGAUGGGUUACACCUGUACUGGUGCAGUCCUGCUUUGCUUUUUCCUUUGACCAGGCCAGUGUCCUUGGACACUCCAUCAGCAGAAUUGGGUGGUGCCAGGGACCGUAAUGGCACCACUCUGAGGAAGGCACAGGCAGGAGUGACAGGAAUGGUUCAUCACAGGGGCUGUUUCAGAGGAAGCACGACUGCAGCUGUGUAUUCCAGAAUUCACUGCGGUUGAGUUUUAGGAAGCCAGCCUGUCUUAGGAGAAUAAUGGCAAUAACAAGCAAGAAGACCUCUCGGCCUGGCCAGUGCAGAGAACAGCUGCUAACAGCAUCUUGCACUGAUCUGAGGUUGCUCACUGGGUUAGAGUACUUACACAACCCUGUAAGUUGAGCCAGUUGGCUCCAGCAGCUUCUGCUGCCCAGAAACCCAAUAUAUAGUCCUGCUGGGCAAGUGCACCACAUAGCAUGCCUCUGUGCAUGACAGGUGGAGCUGAUGUCCAUAGCCUCUGCCUCAUCCAUACUACCUGAGGAUGAGAACCAGUGUCUAUGUCCCACCCUGUCACAAAAGACCUUUACUUGACUCCCUGGGGAGAGUUUCACUGCUUCAAGACCUUUGCUUACCCCAGAGGGGUCUCAUCCUGACUAGUUUCCCAACCAUGUCUCCCUCUAUUAAUAUAGAAACCAAAACAACAGAAGAGCUGUUCCACUGGCAUAAAAUGAAACGGGAGCCCCAGGCCCUCAAGCCCACUUCAUAGCAUUAAGCACCUCCCUUCAUUCUUCUUGGCCUUGGUUGUCUCAUUUGUCAGACUAAUAUAAUCAUUUGUGAUUUGCAUGAGGAGGCAGGUAAGCUAGGGGGUCACACAUUCUUCUGUAAAUCUUGGCAUUCAGAUGUGUGCUUGCAAAGUCUAACUUGGUCCAUGUUGCUUCCUUAUGUGGAUGCUGAGGGCAGGGCUCAUGGCUGGUUGUUAAUUUCAUCAGGACUAAUGGAGGUAACUACCCAGAACAAGGGACACCCAAGGGAGGAAGUGCCUGAGUGCAGAAAGGCCACACAUAGUGGGACCCUCAAGCUGAGAUGAGACUCAGAGGACCACAGGAGCGUUCUGACUGCCCAGGCUAGGGUGGGCCUCUCAGUGAGAGGUUCCCCUUGAGUAGCGUGAGGGAGUACAAUGUUCUUGGAAAAUGCUGAGAAGCUCUGCAGACCUCAGCCCACCUAUCCAAACCCGUAGCCGAUGCUGGGACUCUCUUGGGACCCUCCAGGAUUUUCUAUAAACUACAGCAAAUGCCAUGAGUGACCAGGGUCUGCACCUGGAUUUCUAUGAUCGCUUUUCUUCUUAUUUUCAAAUUCCUUUUCAUGUGAUGAGGAUUGUCGUUUUGUCUUUGGGUAUUCCUGCUCAAAUAAUGACUGGUCUAGUGCCGUUAGGCCCUCUUGUGACCUGGAGGGACACCUUGAGAGGAAGGAGGAGGCAUCUUGAUCUUGGCUGGCCCAUUGUGAUCGAAAGUGAUAAGCACCUCAGUUUUCUUAGCUGUAAAAUUAGAAUAAUAACACCUGUCCCAUCCACCUCACAGGAAGUCAGAAGUGAUGAUUCAUGCGAAAGGGCAAUGGACGUUGUAGACAACUUUAAACUCUAAAAUAUAAGUGGCAGAGCAACCCAACUUGAAGAACCUCUGCUGUGUAUUAUCAUUGUGACCAGUGAAUUCUCAGAGCACUAUUUUCUCAUCUGUCUCAUGGGGGUGAUAACAUCCUUGUCCCAACAGGGCUGUUGGGCUGCUAGGAAUAUCAGAUAGCAUGUGUGAAGCAUGCAGCAUGGUGCCUGGAAUAUAGAACACAGACUUGAAGCCACAGUUGAUGUUACAGUGAUGAUAAUCAUCAUGACCAUCAUCAUCAUCACACCGGUGCAUGUAGGUAUCUCUGCCAGGUAGCCCUGUUUCUUUUGUGGAAGUCCCUUUCCUUCUCUCUGGCUGCAGUGGUUCUCAGUACUUCCGUUUAAGCCUUUCUGGGCUUUCCUGUGUCCUGGAUGGAAAGCAUUUCCUAGAGACUUGUGGUUCACACACAUUUGUGUCCGUCACGGUUCUCCAGAGAAACAGAACCAAAAAGACUUCUCUCUCCCGCCCCACAUGCACAUAUGAGAGAGAAGAGCGAGAGAAGUUCCACAAUCUGCCACCUGCAAUCUGGAGAACCAGGAAAGCUAGUUGUAUAAUUCUGCCUCAGUCAGUCCAAAGGCCUGCGGACCAGCACACUGAUGUCUGUGGACAGGAGGGCAUGGCUGUCCCCACUCCAACAAAACAUCAACAAGCACAAGCCAUGGAUUGAGACUUCGUAUCAUGGAGUCAUAACUGAGAACAAUGACACAGUCAUUUUGGACCCACCUCUGGUAGCCCUGGAUAAAGAUGCACCAGUUCCUUUUGCAGGGGAAAUCUGUGCGUUCAAGAUCCACGGCCAGGAGCUGCCCUUUGAGGCCGUGGUGCUCAACAAGACGUCGGGGGAGGGCCGGCUCCGUGCCAAGAGCCCCAUCGACUGUGAGCUGCAGAAGGAGUAUACCUUCAUCAUCCAGGCCUAUGACUGCGGCGCCGGGCCCCGGGAGACGGCCUGGAAGAAGUCACACAAGGCCGUGGUCCACAUCCAGGUGAAGGAUGUCAAUGAGUUUGCUCCCACCUUCAAAGAGCCGGCCUACAAGGCUGUCGUGACGGAGGGCAAGAUCUACGACAGCAUCCUGCAGGUGGAGGCUGCCGAUGAGGACUGCUCGCCGCAGUAUAGCCAGAUCUGCAACUAUGAAAUCGUCACGACAGAUGUGCCUUUUGCCAUUGACAGAAACGGCAACAUCAGGAACACAGAGAAGCUGAGCUAUGACAAGCAACGCCAGUAUGAGAUUCUGGUCACUGCCUACGACUGUGGACAGAAGCCCGCUGCUCAGGACACCUUGGUGCAGGUGGACGUGAAGCCAGUUUGCAAGCCCGGCUGGCAAGACUGGGCCAAAAGGAUCGAGUACCAGCCCGGCUCAGGGAGCAUGCCCUUGUUCCCCAGCAUCCACCUGGAGACGUGUGACGGGGCCGUGUCCUCCCUCCAGAUCACCGCGGAGCUGCAGACCAACUACAUCGGGAAGGGCUGCGACCGCGAGACCUACUCUGAGAAAUCCCUUCAGAAGUUAUGCGGAGCCUCCUCUGGUAUCAUUGACCUCUUGCCGUCCCCCAGUGCUGCCACCAACUGGACUGCCGGGCUGCUGGUGGACAGCAGUGAGAUGAUCUUCAAGUUUGACGGCAGGCAGGGUGCCAAGAUCCCCGAUGGGAUUGUGCCCAAGAACCUAACGGACCAGUUCACCAUCACCAUGUGGAUGAAACACGGCCCCAGCCCGGGCGUGAGAGCUGAGAAGGAAACCAUCCUCUGCAACUCAGACAAAACGGAAAUGAACCGGCAUCACUAUGCCCUGUACGUGCACAACUGCCGCCUCGUCUUCCUCUUGCGGAAGGACUUCGACCAGGCUGAUACCUUCCGGCCCGCAGAGUUCCACUGGAAGCUGGACCAGAUUUGUGACAAAGAGUGGCAUUACUAUGUCAUCAACGUGGAGUUCCCUGUGGUUACCUUAUACAUGGAUGGAGCAACAUAUGAACCAUACCUGGUGACCAACGAUUGGCCUAUUCAUCCAUCUCACAUUGCCAUGCAACUGACAGUCGGCGCUUGUUGGCAAGGAGGAGAAGUCACCAAACCUCGGUUUGCUCAAUUCUUCCAUGGUAGCCUGGCCAGUCUCACCAUCCGUCCUGGAAAAAUGGAAAGCCAGAAGGUGAUAUCCUGCCUGCAGGCAUGCAAGGAAGGGCUGGAUAUUAAUUCCUUGGAAAGCCUUGGCCAAGGAAUAAAGUAUCACUUCAACCCCUCGCAGUCCACGCUGGUGAUGGAAGGUGAUGAUGUUGGGAACAUUGACCGUGCCCUGCAGAAGGUCUCCUACAUCAACUCCAGGCAGUUCCCGACGGCGGGUGUGCGGCGCCUCAAAGUCUCUUCCAAAGUCCAGUGCUUUGGGGAAGAUGUGUGCAUCAGCAUCCCUGACAUAGACGCCUAUGUGAUGGUCCUGCAGGCCAUCGAGCCCCGGAUCACCCUCCGGGGCACGGACAGCUUCUGGAGACCUGCUGCACAGUUUGAAAGUGCCAGAGGAGUGGUCCUCUUCCCUGACAUCAAGAUUGUGAGCACCUUUGCCAAAGCCGAGGCCCCUGGGGAUGUGAAAACCACAGCCCCAAAAUCAGCAGUCUUAGAAGAAAUGCUUCACAACUUAGAUUUUUGUGACAUUUUGGUACUUGGAGGAGACCUGGACCCAAGGCAGGAGUGCUUAGAGCUCAACCACAGCGAGCUCCACCAACGACACCUGGAUGCCACUAAUUCUACUGCAGGCUACUCCAUCUAUGGUGUGGGCUCCAUGAGCCGCUACGAGCAGGUGCUGCAUCACAUCCACUAUCGCAACUGGCGUCCAGCUUCCCUGGAGGCCCGGAGGUUCCGGAUCAAGUGCUCAGAACUCAACGGGCGCUACCCUAGCAAUGAGUUCAAUGUGGAGGUCAGCGUCCUCCAUGAAGUGAGAGUCUCAGACAAGGAACAUGUCAACCACCUGAUUGUGCAGCCUCCCUUCCUCCAGUCCGUCCAUCACCCUGAGGCCCGGAGUAGCACCCAGCGCAGUGCAGUGGUCCCGAGCAUCGCCACGGUGGUCAUCAUCAUCUCCGUGUGCAUGCUCGUGUUCGUCGUGGCCAUGGGCGUGUACCGGGUCCGGAUCGCCCACCAGCACUUCAUCCAGGAGGCUGAGGCUGCCAAGGAGGCCGAAAUGGAUUGGGACGACUCUGCGUUGACCAUCACAGUCAACCCCAUGGAGAAACAUGAAGAACCAGGGCGUGGAGAAGAUGAGACUGAGGGAGAGGAGGAGGAGGAAGAAGUGGAGGAAGACAUAAGCUCCAGCAGCAGCGACUCCGAUGACAGUGAAGACGAGGAGGAGGAGGAGGUGGUGGGCAGAGGCAGACACGGGCAGAGUGGAGCCAGGCAAGCCCAGCUGGAGUGGGAUGACUCCACCCUCUCCUACUAGCGCCCGGAGGCCUGCUGCCCUGCCUGUGUGUCCCUUUUGUAGACCCCAACCCAAUGUAUGCCCACGUCCAUCACACCUCGCCUCUGAUUUCUGUGACAGGUCUGGGGAGGCCUUCUCCAGCCUCCUGGAACCAACCCACCCUUAUGCCUUGGGCAGUUCCAAGAAGCCCAGCAUGGCCAUCAGUGGGGACUUCAGGGUGGACUUUGUCCUGUAGCUUCCACUUCUUUUCUGCCUUGGGCUCAGCCAGCACCCUGUCUGCCAGUCUGCAGAGUUCUGCCUUUGCUCUUUCUGCAGGGGAGAAGGUUUAUGUCAGCCACCUACCCAGGCUCUGUGCCCCCAAGGUCCUUGGGUUCCAGCUCACUAUGUGUGCACCAGGCUAAGUCGUUUCCUCCACAAAGACCAGCAAGUCCUCCUUACGCUGACUCCAGGUUGCUUUUUGCAGGGAAGGUGGUUGAACUUCAUGCACCUAAGGUCUGAGUGUUUAACACUUUAAAGGAAAGUCAUUGUUGACACAGAGUUAAGUUUAUAGGGAAAGGCACAUGCAUUUUCUCUCUGUCUGUCUGUCGCUCCCCAAUUGGAGAGUCCUUCCUUUUGCUUCUCUGUGAGGCCACAUAAGCUUAUAUGAAAAGUCUAAAACCAAGAAUAGGUCCUUGUCCACAAGCAGGGCUGGUCCCCAGCCAAAGCCAUCUGAGCCUGUCUGCCUGGGCAGCCACUGAGACCCAUGGCUGCCCUGUGGGGGGCACUCGCCACACAAAACCACAGGACCCAGGCCACAUUCCAAACGGUACUGUCCCAGGUGACAGCCAUGGCAAGCCUAUACCAGGAAGCAGGAAGAAGGGCUCAUGAGAAGGCAUGCUAGGCUUCUUGGCGGGCAGGCCAGGGUGGCUGGGCUGCCCCAGGACACAGGUAGCCUUGAGGUUGGCGAGGUCUCACCCUUUAGUCUCAUUGUCCCUUAUCUCCUGUUACACUCUGUUGUCCCUCUUGAGAAAAUGCUCCCUUCUUGGGAGUAGUAGAACACACAUGAACCCCGCCAAGGCUAAAAUGAAAGUCUGGAAAUUUAGCUGCUAGGAAUGUGAAGCAUAUCUGCAAUAAUGGCAGCUGCUUCUUUCUUUUCUCAUAAAAGGAGAAAUACUUUGGGUUGAGGGCAAAUAUAUCCAGAAACCUAAUUUAUUUCUUUCUUUCUUUCUUUCUUUCUUUCUUUCUUUCUUUCUUUCUUUCUUUCUUUCUUUCUUUCUUUCUUUCUUUCUUUCUUUCUUUUUUUUAUAAGGAAAUCUUUUCCAUCUUCUUCCUAACAUGGACACCUUGUGAGGGGAAUUGUUUCUAUAGUAACUGCUCUGUGAUCUUCUGUGGCCAAGAAAAUGCAGGCAAGAAUGAAGGCCAUGAUAGGGUUUCCACAAGCUCUGAGAACAUGUUUGUUAUGAAUGCCUCAGGUUCCUCUUUGUCCUCCGUGUAUAUGAGCUGUCCCCAUCCUCCCACCCUUCCCUAAGCCCAUUCCAUAUUGGCUUGGCACAGGCACAGAGCUGGUCCCUAGUCAAGUGGCAUUCAGGUUCAAAAGAAAGUUCAGAAUCUGCUCAGUCUGUUCCCUGUGUCAUGAAAACAGCUUAGGAACGGGACCACCACCAAGUCCUCUGGUCUGACCUCCACCCAGUAAGGAUCCACAACAGGCCUUUGCAACCUUCUGAUUCUGGAGAACUACCUUAUGCAGCUUUUUCCACCUCCUAACGUGGUUUUUGCCUCUGUUCCCUCCUUUGGGCCUCACAAUAAUCUGUGAAGUGGUUGAGGCAUCUGCGAUGAGACGCAUUUUCAUGAUGAAUAAUCCAAGGCUGGGACAUUCAGUGUCUUGCUCAGAGUCAUUCAGAGGGGUAGACAAGACCAGACUGCCCAGCCUCCACUCUUGGCCCACUUAUCUCUGUGUACCUACUGUGUGCUAAGCACUCUGCCAGCAGCUGUGGGAAAUGACUAAAGCUGAGUAAGAUUAGCUUCUCCCCACAGUGGAAUUCGUAGUUCCAGAUAGGAAACCAACAUCCUAGAAAUUAUACAAGAGACGGAUGGAAGGGAGAGCACAAGUCACAGGGAAAGGGACACACAAACUCAACCAUUGCCCUUAUUUUUCCUUCCUUAGGUAAAAACACUGGAAGAAGUUUGGGGAUUCAUAUUCAUUGAACAGAAAUAGACAUUUCUCCUAUGAAUUUUCCCAACCAAAUAGCCCUUUUCAAUCAGGCUGUGUCUGCACAUCCAUGAGGAGAAAAUCCACAGGAUUCAUUAGUCUUCACAAUGCCACUAUUUAAAUAAAAAGAGAUUCUUCAGUUGGGCAUUUAGGAGCUACUGAAUUCUCCCAAAAUUAUGGUUGCAAAAGGAACAUUUUAUGGCUUUAAAACCAAUUCUUCUUGAGUUGGAUUUUGAUUUAAAUAUUUAAGUCAAGUGCACUUUUCUCUCUGCUCAGUCUUUUAGGUUUGUUUGGUAGGGAAGGUGUUCCUCAUGUCCUCUGGCUGUCUCUGGUGGCCACGUUACUUACGCAUGGUUGAGUGGGCUGUUCGGGGCCUUAUGAAAUCUAUAUGUUUUGGAGUUUUGUUUUUUGUGUGUGAGGAGGGCAGGUAAAAAUGGCACUUGGCUAGGGUAGCACAGAUGAAUUAUUUGAAGAGGCAUUUGGUGACUGGACUCAUCUGCAGAGAAACGAUGGUGACAAUGAGUCAGAGCCCUUUCCCUCAACUCUUGCUGUGAGGGUCAUUCCCUGCAUGCCAGCUCCAAAGAUGAGGCCCUCAAAUGAUGCUGCCUGGUCAACAGGCAUUUGUCAUGUUCCCAACACCCUACUCCUUACCAUGGGUGAGGAGAGGUGGUGACAUAGAAGUAACAGAAGCUUUGGAAGGUACCCAGGCGAGCACUGGGUAAUAUGACUUGCCCUCCACCAGGUAGUCCACCCAUGAGUAACAAGUGUUAUUAAUCAGCCAGUGGUUUCCAACCUGCACAUGCUGGCCUCCAGGAACCAAAACUCCCAAAUGGCCCGGACACCCGGCGCCCUCUCAUUCAAACGUCAGCAGCCAGGCAGAUGCAGGUGCCCACACAGGGGGACCACAGCCCAGUCUGUUGCUUGUCUUGCCACACAGAUGGCCAGAUUCUGCUAUCCAGAGCUUGACAAAACAGGCUGAAACCUCUCAGGUAACUCAGAUGACAGGGAGAAGAAAGAGGAGGAUGAGAAGACUGAAAUUGGAAAAGCCGAGCACAGAAUGAGGUGCCUCAGUGGAGUAAGACAAUCCACUAGUCGGUGACCUACCCUAAAAAAUACUAAAAAUAUAGUAGAUUUAACCCAA